AUGAAAAUUCUGAAUUUGAACCCAGUGCACUCCGGGUACCAGAGCGAGGUACGUCCCGCACUCUGUGAGUACUUGUUUCGCAAUGGUUCGUUAGACGAUGCCUUGGGUGUCCUUGAUGGUUUUGAUGCCGCGAUGGACGAACCCUUCAUGCUAAUGUACGAAGAGAUCAUGGCAGCAUUUCCUGAGGCAAAGUUUGCACUGACCAUCUCUGAUGCAGAGAGCUGGUUUGAUAACUAUGUGGAGAUGGAGCGUUUUCUCGCUACAUACCACAGCCAGGCCCUACAUGAGAAAUAUGGUGCUUUACCUCCCGAGUGUAAAGCUUUGACUUUCUGGGGCUGCUGGUUCUUGAACUCCACUCAAGAAGACAAGGACAUUUGCUUGCGAAACUAUCGCCGCCACAACCAGCGAGUGCAAGAAAUCAUUCCGCCUGAGCGCUUGCUCGUGUACAACUGGAAGCCCCGCAGCCUGCGCAGCUCCCGCGAGUCGGAGCUGGAGGCGAAGUUUGUACUGACCAUCUCUGAUGCAGAGAGCUGGUUUGAUAACUUUGUGGAGCUGAUGCGUCCAUACCAAAAUGUGACUGACGAAUGCACAGCAAUGAGAUCCUGGGGCUGCAUUUUCGCGAACCCCACCCAAGAAGACAGGGACAUUUGCUUGCGAAACUAUCAUCGGCACAACCAGCGAGUGCAAGAAAUCAUUCCGCCUGAGCGCUUGCUAGUGUACAACUGGUCGGAUGGAUGGGCCCCACUUGCACAUUUUUUGGAUGUGGCCAUUCCAGCUGAAACCUUCCCCCACGAAGAUUUUUGGAGGUGCCCCGGCAUGGCCACGCCGAACGGCGGGCCUUGGUGCUUUGCCAAGAUGGGAAGAGAUGAAGAGAUGGAGCACUUGCCGAUGGCGGAGAUGGAGGGAAUGGAGGGAAUGGAGGAGAUGGAGGAGAUGGAGGAGAUGGAGAAGAUGGAGGAGAUGGAGGAGAUGGAGGAGAUGGAGGAGAUGGAGGAGAUGGAGCAGGCGAACCACAACCGGCAAGGAGAAGCCCGCAAGGCAGGUGCACUCUCUUCAAUGAAGCAGCGGCAACUUGUUCGGCAGAGCCUGCAUUUUAAUAAGACGGGCCACGCCCGCACUUUGGAUCAUCAGCUGCCAGGCCAAGACUUCAAGAGGCGCAAGCCCACAGGCAAAGGGAAAUGGAAGACCUGGACGCCGGAGGCCGUCCUCAGGGUUGGUUUUGGACAUGAGACGGCAACUUGCAGACAGUUGGCAAAUGAGGUGGAGGGAGCAUCAGCCAGCCAAGCACGAGCUGCACGCUUUGCCUGCGCCGCAGCGGUAUGCAAGUCGCAAGCUGAAAGCUGUCAGCAUGUCGUGACAGAGUCGCAGAAUAUCUUGGCGCCAAUGAAUUCCGCGACGAUGUGGAAGACCUUGGCAGAGCAUCCUGGAGGCCUCGGGCCUUGUGAUGUGGCAGCGUGCCAUGUUUGCACCCUGACUACCUGUGAUGCUCAUGCUGCCAACAUCAAGCUUCUAAAGCACUUGGACACGACCCUUGGAGUUGACCACUUGUUUCUGCCCACGCUUUGCACGCAACAUCGCGACGGAAAUGUCGUGGAGCAGCUAACUCAAUUGCUUGGCAAUUUGUCUGGGUGCUUCUGCGUUUCCCGGGUGUUGAACUCACGGCACGCUGUGCAAGCUUUGCGCCGAAAGACGCGCGCCGCGCUGGAUCAACACUUGGUGGUGUUGGCUUCUGAACCCCCUGGCAUCCAGGCUGAGUGGGCUGAAGUGCGCUCUCGGACCACAGAAUUCAUGAAGAUGGUUGCAAUGUUUGAUGCAGCCUCCAAAGAUCAUUGUGGCGAUGAUCCUCCGCACGCCGCCGGCGCUGAUCCGAUCGCCGCUGGCGUUGCCCAAGGUGAACUCCCAGACGGCUCGGCCCAGCUUUUGAACUUUUUCAACGGGCCGUGGACAGGUUCUGCAGGGCCGCUGGCCGGGUCCAAGGAGUCUGUGCAGGGGCCGCUGGCCGCAUCAGCCCCCGCGACGCCCGACGAGCAAGCCAAGUUGCUGCUGCAGCAGCGACGGGCGAACACUUUGUUCGCCGACUGGAUGCAUUCCCUUGCGCCUGCAGAUGCCCGCAGGGCGGUGUUGAAAAGGGCAGACUCCUUGGCCAGCACUUGCACGAGGGAUCAGAUUUCCCAGCUGAGCGCUAUUCUGGUGAGUGACUCGUACGGCGGCGACGCCACUGCAGAGAUGGUGUUCAAGGUCCGCGAGGCCUACAACACCCGGCAUCCCAUGCACCUUCUCUUGACCACGCCUCGCCAGGGUGAAAUUUGGAUUGGCUCCAUUCACGCCGCAGGCGAUGUUGAGGUUUUGCGGAAGAAUGGCAUCACUGCCAUGGUUUCUUGCGCCUCCAACGUCCCUGUUGCGCGGACCCAGAACGUGAAGUUCUUAGGCGUCUACGACGGGACAGCAAUUGCCAAGGGCAACAUGAAAUGGUACCACGUCACGGCCAUGAUGGACGCUGUCCUGAAGGAGGUUGAGAACGGCGGCCGGGUGCUCUUCAGCUGCAAGAAUGCUGCGCACAGAUCGGCGGAGGUCUCCGGAUUGGAGCUGUGUUUUCUGACUGGCGAGGAGCCUGACACAGUGAUGAAUCACAUUCGCACCAUUCGGGAGAUGUGCGAUUUUGAUUCGGUUCAUCCUGGCGACAAACGCACAUGCUUCAACUUGCCGAUCCUGACGCCGCGCCAGUUCUUGCGCUCAAAGGCUGCUGACCUGGCGGCUGCCCACGACCUUCUGGAGCCUUCGGAGAAGAUGCGGCUCAAUGUGGUCAUGUCCCCGUCUGAGUACGAAGCCUUUGCAGCCAUCAACGGCGUGAGCUUUCCGGACCAGGGUUUCAAGUUCAUUGCGCUUUUUCUUUUCUCUUUAAGCAGAGUUGCAAGGCCUUGA